AUUUUAAGUCAGAGAAAGAAUCAAACCAACCAAGACUCCAAGAAACACAUUCAAAUCAGAGAAAGAAACUAGAAAACUAGUUCUCAAGAUCUCAGAUGGGUUUGGUGGUGGUUAUAUCUCUUCCUCUGAUUUUCUUUUGUCUUCUUCUUGGAUUCGGUUGCUAUUUCCUCGGCAAAACUCGCGGCCGUCGUGAGAUUCAAACAAAUCCUCAGGUGUACGGUGCUCCUGCCCCACCUCCCGGUGCAACCAUCUCUGCCGCCUCCUCUCCGCCGUUGUUUCCUCACGCCAAGCCCGACAGUUCACACAACGUCUGAUUUUCCAUCUCCCUAUCUCUAUUGGAAGAUGAUUUUGCUUGAUCUAUUGUGAAUUGCUGUAUCUUUUCUUUUUUCUCUAGCGUUCUUGAGAAUAUGUUUCUUUCUUGAUUUGUGUAUAUUUCUUAUGUAAACUAGAGAGCUUUGAUGUCAUUAAGAAAGUUUAACGAGUAGUAUGGACCGUAUGGUUUCAAGUAUUUGAUAACAUAGUGUAUUCAGCCAAUAA